AUGUCGAGAGAUCACAAAUCGAACAAGAAAUCAAAGGCGGCAUUGAUUCAUGAAGCAGUUGAAAAGUUUGAAACGCUGGAAAAGUUUGUCGCGACAUUCCAGGACACGAUUGUUACAGGGGGCGACGAUGACGAAAUCUUUUCUGCGCUGGGAGAUGGCGUGAUCUUUGCGGCUUUGUUAGAAUCCCGUGACCAAGGCGAAACGCUGUUGCUUCAUGCUUGCAGGCGACAGCUUUGGGAAAUCGCCGAGUGGUUGCUCCAUCAUGGCGCUCAGGUCAACGUCGUGGUGCAACAAGAAGAGGCCCCUCAGCAUGGAACCAGGCACUUGUCUCGUGAGACGCCGUUGCAUUAUGCUUGCAAGUUCAAUUCUGGUGACCGACCAUGGCGGUAUGAAUCUCGCAUUGGAUCGCUGGAAGUCGUGCGGCUCUUGUUGGAGAACGGGGCCAAUGUCCAUGCCGAGGAUGCAUACGGCAGCACGCCCGUCCACCUGGCAGCAGCCUCGGGCGACGCCAGGGUACUGGGCCUCCUGCUCGAUCACGGGGGCGACAUUUUGGUCGGUAAGGACCAUCCCCGAACGAGGCCCCCCUUCAACCUUAUCACAAGUGUGGAAGCAUUGGAUUUGGUUUUGGAGCGACGCCCGAAGUUGCUAGAACACACCGAUCAACACGGAAAUGGGUGCAUUUACUGGGCUCGUAACCAUCAGGUCCUCCGUAGGUUGUUGGAUCGUGGAGCAAACCCAAACCAAGCCAACGAACACGGUUACACUCCGCUUCAUUCCGGUUGUGCAAGUUGGCGCCACGAUGAUGAUAUUCAGUUGCUUCUGGAAGGAGGGGCUGAUAUCAACGCCAGGACCACGGAAAAACUGUUGACUCCACUUCAUGUUGUGUGCAAGGGGCAAAACAUUGUAACUGCAGAACUUUUUAUCUUACAUGGGGCUGAUUUGUCAGCCAAAGACUAUCAAGGAAACACACCUCUUCACCUACUGUGCCAAACCAAGGGACACGAAGCUUACGUUGGGAGGCUGCUCAGGAAGGGAGCUCCGGUGAAUAUGCAAAACAACAAAGGCGAAACACCAUUGCACAUUGCCUGUGGUUAUAAAGUUGAUGAACGCUUGGUUCGCGCUGGUUUGCUGGCGAUGCAACGCUUUUACACCAUUAACCGCCCUCGCCGUCAUCCUCCUCCUUCCUUGGCCUCCCGGUUGUACAGGAGCUUGUUUACCUCUGCCGGUGGAAACAACCGCAACGACGACGAGGCGGAGGUUCCGGAACAGGACAUCUAUCUUGUUGCGCUCGUCGAGUGCUUGUUGAGACAUUGCGCUGGUGCGUCUGUCCAGAUGGCUGAUGUCAACGGAUCAACCCCGCUGCACAUUGCGUGCCGGAAGGGCAGCAGAAGCCUUGUCCGUCUACUGCUGAAAGAAGGGGCCGAUCCAACCGCCCGUGACAGCGAAGGUAACACACCCGUGCAUGCUGCCUGUUUUGAAGGGCACUGGUCACUCCUUCCUCUGUUGGUGGAUGAUGGUGACGAUGAUGAGGUCAAUGCAUUGUCUAUGAAGAACCACAAUGAACAGCUUCCUUCUCAUGCCAUCUUUCUUCACGACAACGCCCCCUUGGAUCUGUUGUUUCACGCUGUCAAAGACUGCAGUUCUGGUCUUCACUCGUGGGUGGGCACAAUCGUCGCUGAAUCGCGGUGUAAGUCGGUUGUAGGGUUCAUGUCGCUGUGGUAG